ACUUGCUGGUUGUCACAGAUACGGCAAGCUGUCAUGGCUACUCAGGCUUCUAAGAAAGAGAAAGACCCCGUCAAUAUCGUACACCAGAACGCCAUCCUGUGCGAGACGAUAAUGAAAGAGCAACGACAUCAGAAGCUCUACACGUCCUACAGCGUGAAUCCCUACAACAAAAUGUAUACGCUCAGUGGGAAACCUAAUUCAGUGCAUGACUCAGAAGAUGGCGAGGCUGAUGAAACGUUUUUGAAAAUAUUUCGGAGCGCACAAGAGACACCGAAACAGAAGUAUGAAUUUCCAAAGACGGAAGCACAAGAAAUUGGAUGGGAUACAACACCAUUGGUAAAUCCUCGGAGGGAUGAUCGACGUCUCAAUUGGCCCAGAAAAAAUUCGGAAAUAACAAAAUACAUGGAUGCUGCAUGGAAACUCAAAGAACAGACUGAAAAUUUAAACUAGAAAGAUUAAUGCUGCACAAAGAAUUUAAGACAAUAGUUGAUAUUAAACCAUUAGUUCAGUAAACAGUGAGGACAAAAUCAUAA